AUUUAAAAGCUUUGGGGGCCGAGGAGUUCCACCAUUAAAAGCAGAGAGCUUCGUCACCUUACUUUGCUCAGCUUUUAUCUCUGAUCAGGCUCUCUGAGCUUUUCUUCUUCUUCUCUGUAAAGGGCUCUGAGACUUUUCCCAAAAGCUCGAUCGAAUUCAGGUUCAUCACAUUACACGUAUAUGAUAUUUCUACAGCUGAAGUGAAGCAUCCAUCACUCUUGAGUUCACUGGACCCUUUGUAGCAUUUAUUAUAAGGAUCAUUUAUAAUUUUAAAAUCAAUCAGUGUAGCUUUCUUACACAAGCAUCUUCUACUGGAACCUUGGAAUAUGUCGAGUGGACCCGUUAGACAGGUCUCGCGUCAAGAUAUACAACUGGUGCAGAACCUUAUCGAGCGAUGUCUCCAGCUUUACAUGAACCAGAAAGAAGUGGUAGAUACUCUACUGGACCAGGCAAAAAUAGAGCCUGGUUUCACGGAACUUGUUUGGCAGAAGCUUGAGGAAGAGAAUCGGGAAUUCUUCAGGGCUUAUUAUUUAAGAUUGAUGGUGAAGCACCAAAUAAUAGAAUAUAACAGGUUGCUUGAGCAACAGGUGAGGUUAAUGAGUCAGUUGCACUCAAGUGGAGUUGCUUCAAUACCCAGUACCAAUGGAUCUCACAUUUCACCAAUGCACCAAAACUCCACAUGCUAUGCGCCAGAGCAUGUAGGACCAGCAUUGAAGACAGAAAAUAUACACCACCAAGUUGGUUCCUGCGUACCUAAUGCAUUUACGAAUGGUGGUUCUUCAUUGCACACUAGUAUGCACAAUGCUGUUAAAAUGUCUGCUCAUACCAGUAGGAUUGAUGUCCCACCAAACAUGCUUUCGAAUCAGAGCUCCAACAUAGGUGUUAUGCAAGGAAUAAAUGGGGGAAUUAUCAAAUCAGAAGUUGGAUAUUCAGGCAGUUCUUACAUGUUUAGCACUGAUGGAAACAUCCUGGAAGCACGGCCCUCUAUUGGAGAUGCUUCUGUUGCAGCAUUCAACAGCGUAGAGUCCAACUCACAGCCCCUAAAUGAAUCACUUCUUGAUGCAGACUCUUCAUCAUUUGGUUUUUUACGUCAGAUUCCUCGAAUUUUCAGCCUCUCGGACCUGACAGCUGACUUUUCUCAGAGCUCAGACAUACUGGAGAGCUAUCCUAGAUCACCCUUCUUGGCAACAGAUAAUGAUAACUUCCUGGAUUCUCGUGAAAGAGAACAUCAAGGAGACAAUAACCGGUUGGACACCAUUUCAGAAGGCGUAAGCUAUGAAGAUUUUGGCAGUGAAUAGUAAUAAAAUUUCAAAAGUAAAAUUUCAUGCUAGGACAGAGGGGUUUGUACAUACCAUUUAAGAUUUUGGUUGGUUUGUAAAAUUCAGUGAUGGUAGUGAGAAAGAGAAUGACAGUAGAGUGCUUCUUUACAAGUGGACAGCAAGGUUGAAUUGCUUGAUGAAAUCGUUUUUGUGAUC